AUGUCUUCUUACCUAUACAGAGACCGCGAGGACGACUGGGACGAGCCUCGUUCUGCUGUCUCCGUUAAGCGCUACGUCAUACCUCCAGAGGAUCGUCGAGACCGCGAUCGAGACCGUGAUCGAGAUUAUCUCUUUCGGGAAGAUUCAGGCCCCAGCGAGCGAGAAUUGGUCAUUCGUCGCAGAACAGACCGCGAAGAUCCCGUCAUGAUUCAACGCUACGAGCGAGAUGCGGACUACGACCGCUCCGAAAGAGAUUACUAUGAACCUCGGUAUAUGCACCCGCGCGAAUCUGACUACGACAUCGUGCACCGAUCAGAGGUAGACCGAGAGCCAGCCUACUACUACCAUCGUCGUGUCCGAGAAUACGACAACGACGGCCGUCGGCUCCGUCGUGAGCUAAGCCCUAGUGACUCUGUUUCACAGGCUACUCGCCGGCGCGACGACCAAGACUACAGUAGCGAUGACAGCAUGGUCUACAUUCGCAAAGAAACUAAAGAAUACGACGACCAUCAUAAUCGUCACCUAGCCUCGGGUGCUCUUGUGGGUGUUGGUGCGGCAGAAUUUCUCCGAAACCGUCGGAAGAAGGACGGGGACGACGUCUCGAAUGGCGUCGGCCGUGUCGGCCGCGAUGUAGGCGCCGGUGCCUUGGGUGUCGCCGCGGUUGAGGCUGCCUCGCGGGCAAGAAAAUAUUACCGUAGCAAAAGCCGCCACCGCUCCCAUUCUUUCGAUGAUGAUCGGAGUUCUCGUCACAGUCAUCAUCACCGCCACUACAGUCACAGCAAUUCCCGCCAUGGGCGCAGCCGAAGUCGAUCUCACUCGCGCUCUCGCGCCAGGACUUUUGCAGAACUUGGUUUGGGAGCCGCCGCUAUUGCCGUUAAAUCUCCCGACGAUGAGAAGCGCAGCCAGUCGCAGCGCCGCAAGCACAUGGCAGAGGCUGGCUUGGCAGGUGCCGCUGUAGCCGGCCUUGUCGAGAGAGCUCGCAGCCACUCUCGGAGGCGGCCUCGCUCUCGGUCAAAGAGCAAGGUCAGGCAGGCUAUUCCCGUUGUUGCAGCCGGACUAGGCUCUGCCGUGGCUGCAAACGUUUGGGACAAGAGGAAGGAUAAACAAGCCGAAGAAGAGCCACGCCGUAAAGACCGCCGGCGUUCAAGAUCGAGAGGCCGACCAUCAUCGGAGAUAUAUCCCGACCCGAACCGUGACUCUGCUGGCUUGAUAGAAUACGGUGACCAUCCAGUACACGGAAGCAUCCCAGCUGCAAACUACUACGGCCGCCCUCCUAGCUCUCAGGGGUACCGUUCAGACCGUGGCCGUACUCCGAGCCGCAGCCGCAGCCGCGCCCGAUUCAGCAGCAGCUCCCCCAACUCGAGCGAGGAGGACCGCCGAAGGCGCAGUAGUCGUCAUAAGCAUCGCAACCGUUCUCGCGACUUGGCGGGGGCCGCAUUGGCUGCCACAGGCGUUGGCUAUGCGGCUCAUAAAUAUUCCCAGCAUCGAGAUCGCCAGAGGGAGGACAAAGACGGAAGGUAUGACAGCGAUGUACCACCAAGUCCCUAUGAGGACCCCUAUAGCCCUGGGCCUUACCCGCCGUCUCCUGCUCCCAACGCAUCCUUCGAUGGCAGGCCCAAUAACUACUACCCCCCACCUCCGGGUCCGGGUCCAGCGCCCAUGGGGCCAGGCCCUGCACCUUACAACCCGGCUGAUUAUCCGCCUCCGCCCAACGCUGCGCCUCCUCCCCAACAGUACAAUUAUCCUCCGCCUCCCGGGCCAGAUGCAUACGCUCCCAGACCCAGGAGGGCAGAUGAGAAUGUGAGUGCUGCACGGAACUUUUCCCCUCCAAUCACACAAUAUCAACCUUAUCAUGAAACGCCUCGUCGACGCCGUCGACGCACGCGUGCUGGGAGUGAACCACCACAGUCCAAAUCCGUUGCCUUCGACGAUUACCCACAGCGCAAUCAAAAUACGGGUGGAUAUGAAACGGAUGAUAGUGAUAGUACUGUUGAUGCAAUGGAUUCAGGCCGUCGCCGCCGCCGCCGCCGUCACCCUCGUCGCCAUUCCGACCGACGCCAUCGUUCUUCGUCUGACCAGACUCGUUCGAGGCGUAACCCUGGAAACGAUAAUAGUGCUGCACAAUCAAACGGUCUUGAAUCUGACUCUGAUGCUACCAUCGACCUGCCUGAUCGGUUUGACCGCCAGGGUCGUCUUCUUCCCCAGCCGGACGAUGACCCGCUAGCUGACCGAGUCGAAAACUUGCUAAAACGAUUUAACCGAACAUUUGCCUAA